UUCAACAGUUACAAAAACAUUUAGUAAUCUUUUACAAUGGGUUUGUUAAACUUUUUAACUCUUUUAAUCUUUAUUUUCUCAGUUCAUUCCAAAACACAAGAAUCUUUUCAUAAAAUAUUGCAGUCAGCAAAUAAAUCAGACAAAACUCAAGAACCUAUUCAUAAAAUAUUGCAGUCAGUAAAUAAAUCCGACAUCCCUUCAAUAAAUCCCAAUAAAUUAGUGGACCAAACUGUUGACUAUUUUGAUGACCUUUUAGUGCAUAAUGGAAUGGACCCUGUGGAACUUCCUGACAUAAAACGCAACUUUAGCUAUAAACCGUUUUUGAUAAACUACCACGGCGAAUACGCAUUAACUGAAGGUUGGCUCCAUGACAUGUCCACGAUGAAAAGAGACGGUGAUGUUAACCUUUGGUACAAUUUUGGUACCGAACAGUACGAAGCUUUUAUUCCAGUUGCCUUUCAGGACCUUCAAUUCAACUACAGCUACAAAGUGAAAUUCAUGAACAUCGGUCCAGUUGGUAUAGUUAUGGGCAAAAUUUCAGAUGUAAAAAUUAAAUUAUAUCUGUCCUAUUCUAACUCAACUCAUAUAAAAUUACACGAUUUCGAUAUAACAGAUACAGGGCAUAUUAGCGUAAGGUUCGUUGGAAAUGGACUAACUGAUUGGCUUGUGAAUAUUCUAUCGGAAACAUCUUCAUACGUUCUACAUCCAAUAAUUCUUCGUAUUAUUCAAGCCACAAUUCGCCCAAAUUUGGAACAAGUUAUUGAUUAUUUUAAUGAGAUGUUAUAGUUAAAUAUAUAAUUUA